AUCCAACGCGGACCAGAACAGCUGUUUCACAAUCAAACAAAAGGAUGCGCAAGUUUAUGAUCGUAUUUAUCGAAUAUAAACUAGUCACUCCCCGCAAUCGCUGAUUUGACUUACCUCGGAUACUUGAUUUCAACAUGCGCCGUUGCUAGCAGUCGUCGGAGCACUGUCAGCCGAUUCCCCCGCCACAAGGUACCGUGGUACAUAUUUAGAGAUGUAGUCUCUACAAGAGCAGUCUGAACUUUUGUUUGACUUCUAUUUACAACUGGGUGCACGAGGGCGGUUCAAGAUGGAAGCAGAAUACAUUCGGAUUGCGGACGCAAUCCAACAAGAAGCUCGCAAGAAUGACAAGAAGCGACUUCUCGUUGCUAUAGCUGGAAUACCAGGCUCUGGCAAGACAACCACAGCUUCAGCUGUCGCUCAACAACUCCGAACUGAGUCACAACCCAAAAAAAUAGCACUCAUUUCCAUGGACGGCUUCCACUUGUCGCGGGCGGCAUUGGACGUUCUUUUUAAUCGUGAAGAGGCAUACAUCCGGCGUGGCGCACCAUGGACCUUUGACGCAGUGCGGUUCGUUACGUUUGUUCAACAGCUACGACAGUGGGCAGACUCUACUCCGUUUCCCUCAGACGGAGACUCACCAUGUGACGCUGCUGUGUUAUAUGCACCGUCAUUUGAUCACGAGGCGAAAGACCCCGUUGAGAACGGCAUGGCUAUCACAAGCGAUGCCUCGAUUAUUAUCAUCGAAGGCAAUUACCUCCUGUUGAACGAAGAACACUGGCGUGAUGUGUCGCAAUUGGUCGACUAUCGCAUAUUCGUCGAUGCAGACUUGCAAGAAGCCAGGGGAAGAGUUGCCAGACGACAUGUCAGUGCGGGGAUUGAAAAGACGCUGGAAGAUGGCUUCCGUCGUGUGGACAGUAAUGACUACUUGAAUGCGCUGCAUAUCCAGGGAAAACUGAUACGGCCGGAUAUGGUGGUUAAGAGUGUGACGGAAAUCGCCUAAGAUAUCAUCUAGUGUACAUAUCUAGGGUACAAGUUGCUCAUAAUAAGACAGCUUCAUACAAAGGAAGCUAGAUUCGGGGAAAUGCCGGAGCA